AUGCCUCACGCCUUGAGCGCCGCGACGCCCUUCGGCUCGACACUCUUUUCCCUCUUUGCGCUGCUCGCCAUCUCCCUGGUGGUGCUGCUCAUCCUCCGACACUAUCUGCCUCUCCGCUCGACUCCGGCCUUUUACCUCGUCCCCAUCUUCUUCGCCCUCUGGCUCCCCUCCAUCGUGGUCAUCCUCGUCCCCAUAGAUCUCGCCUCGAGCGCGGCGACCGACGAUGAAGCCUCCCGCGGCGUGUGGCUACCUCAACGAGUCGUCUUGGUGUCGUGGAGGAUCACGUAUUGGCUAACCUUUGCUCUAACUUGGUUUAUCCUCCCGAUCCUGGGAGAAUACUCGGACGCUGGAUAUCGCGACCCAAACGACAAGCUGAGAUACUCGCUUCGACAGAAUGCACAGUUCUACGUCGCGUGUGCCGGCGCGGGCAUCGCCGGCUUUGUCUACAUCGCCAUCGUCUACAAGCUCACGUUCGAGUCGCUCAAGGCUCUUGUCAUGGCUCUGGCGUACUGCUGGGGCUUGGUCCUCGCCAUCUAUCUCAUGGGCCAUGGGUUGGUGUCGAUCCCGAGGCGCCUCAUCCGCAGCGCCAGCAUCAGCGGGAGCCUGCGGCGGCUGCAGUCCAGGGCACCCAAGGCUCUCGAAAAGAUGCAGGAUUCUGUCGAGACUCUGCAGGAAAUCGUGGCCCAAGUCUCCGAGCUCGGUCGUCGCAAGGUGGGCAGUGCAGUGGACUUCCAGGACUGGAUCGAGGAGCUGCAAGAAAUGGCCGGUGUUGCGCGCAACCAACCUCCGUCCUUCACACCCGACACCGACUCUCACAAUCGAAUUAUACCGACCGUCAUUACUGAAAAGUUUCUCGCUGACUUGACCAGGAGGCUCGUCCGCGCACGUCAUGCGAGGUCCCGAUAUGCCGACGAAUGGAACCGCUUGAUCCAGGAAGCGAGCGAGACGCAAGCAAUCCUUGACUCGGCCGCGUCCAAGAACCUUGAUUUCGGCCAAGCCUCGCCCCACGCAGGGCCGUGGGCUAGGACGCAAAUCCUGACGCCGUAUGCCCGAUACCUCUGCUACUAUCACAUCAUGCCGCAUACGCGCCUGGCUCUUGGCGGCUUCCUCGCGCUUGCUUCCGCCUGCGUCCUGUGGUCCGAACUGGUCAAGUUUCCUUUUCCCAAGCUGUCUGUCAUUCGCCUGAGCGUCAUCCACAACUGGGUCGGCGACGAGGCCCAGGUCGGGUUUGCCGAGCAGGUCAUUUCCGCCCUCUGGAUCUGCUACAUGUGUGCCGCUGCGCUCAUCUCCAUCACCGAGGUCAAGGUGUGGCGAGGCCGCGCGUUGGUCAAACGGAACACGGCCUACGAGUCGGCGUUCUGGUAUGCCUCGCAGGUGGCCAAGCUCUGCAUGCCCCUGUCGUACAACUUUAUGACGUUUCUCACGUCCGAGGUCUAUUCCAAGACGACGUUUUACGACUUCCUCGGCAGCCAUAUUGACUUUACAGCCUUGGGCCGCUGGUUCGAUGAUCUCUUCCCCAUCAUCCUCUUGGUCCCCGUCUUCGCCACCCUCUUUGGGCUCUACGGCAAGGUUAAGCGUCUGUUGGCCGGAGUGGGCUUGGCCGACGAUGAAGACGACGACGACGACGAGGGGAACCCCUCGGGCUACAGCACAGCAUCCUGGCGCGAAGGGCAAAUACUCAUACAACAAGAGCUGCAAGGAAACUCGCUGCAUCAGCGGCGCGAAGAGGCGGCCGUCCGGCUCACCGCAGCCAACACCAACGGAGCCCGUCCCCACCCCGUCCUGUCCGUCCCGCCCGCGAGGGACGUGGAUGUCCCGUCCGCCCGCUCCUCGCCCCGGCCCUCUGCCACGGCCCCACGGCCCGGUCAGCCGUCGCGCGCGUCGUACUCGGACGAGCCGCCCGAGGACGACAACAUCUUCCAGAUCCUCGGCCACCGUAUGAAGAACACAAUCGACACCAUCGAGACGCCGCAGUGGCUGCAGGAGAUCGGACAGGGCAUCAAGAAGCCAAAGUGGAUGGGCGGCGACGGCGACGUGCCGUCCUCGGGCCGCGGCGGGCGGAGCGAUUCGGACAUCAGAAGGUGGUUUGGCGACGCGGGGCAGAUUCGCCUGUGA